CUCGUCGUCGCGCCCCAUACGCUCGUCGUCCCCUCGACGCAAGGCAAAAAUAGCGCACGCGCGGCGCGGCGCGGCGCGGCGUUGGUAACAACAAACGUGUGCCGUGCGAUCGGUCGAUCCAUACGAUCGAAUUGAACGCACCGCCUUUUCCCUCCCGAUCCUUCCACCCCGCGGCACGCCUCCGAUCAUCCCUGCGUUACGCCACGCGCUCUAUAUAAGCUCGGCACGGCGAUCACCAUCCACCACACACGAAAGCAACAGCCAGCGAUCGAGACAGCAAGAGAAGCUCACUCAGCUCAGCUACCACCAGUCCCGGUCACAGCAAUCGGCAUGGCCAGCAAGUCGGCGUCCCUGCUGAUCCUCGCGGCGCUGGUGGCCGCGGCGUGCCUCACGGAGCUGGGCUCGGCGGCGCGCGGCGUGCCGGCGGAGAAGCCCGCGGAGGACGAUGUGAAGCGGCCGGACACGUUCCAGGAGGGGACGGUGCUGAUCCCGGGGAUCGGGCGGUACGAGCUGGGCACCCACUACAUCCCCGACAUCGGCGGGCUGGACCACAGCAUCCCGGCCGCCGCCAGUGGACAGUUCAUCCCCGGCGCCGACGACACCUGGGUGCCCAACCCCGGCUUUGAGAUUCCCAACCCCUUCCGCCCCCGCUCCGACUCUCCCUGAUGGGCCGAGCCGGCCGGCCGCCAGCACGUCCACGCCAACGCCCACCGUCCGCCCACACGUUGCACCCGUCCAUCUACUUGGUAGAGCUAGCCUGCUACAAAUCAUUUUCCGCUAGCUUUUUGGUUGCUACAAUAAAAUAGCUGCUGCUACAUGGCCAUGCAUGCAUGUGUCUGCGACUGCGUUCGCGCCGUCGACGUCUCGUGUUUGAUUGAAGUGUACGUGUAGUCGUGUAUGGGAUAUGGACGGAUGCGUAGGAAGCAUCCAUCGCAUGUCUCGCUUGGUUUGUUGUUGCCAGUGUAAUGUGUUUCAGUUCAGUAAGUUUUUUGAAUGAUGAAGAAUUAUGCAUGAUCGAUUAAGCUUGA